UAUAAAUCACAAUCGACACAAUUUGUCUCAUUGUCUUUUCCUAUCGUUUUUUCUUCCACAUACCUAUGCAAAACAUGAGGAGUUAAAAAUAAAACAAAAUUCACUUUUCAAUUAAUAAAGGCAAGGUAACCUGGUCAGUGAAAUCCCCAUGCAAACAAUGUAUACAUAUUUCCAUGUGUCCAGUGAUAUGUGGUAAAAAGAUACCAACCACACCCCAACCUAAACCUACCAUUAACCCCCCACCUACCAAACUACCUCCUACCUUCCCACCAACACCCAGGCCACCAACAACUAUACCACCACCGACAUUACCACCACCAACCCGACCACGUACAACCAAAUCACCACCAGUAACAUCUCGACCACCCACACAACCACCACUUACACCGGCACCACCAGUAAUCCCCUCUCCUCAACCUCCAGCGCCCCCAACACAACCACCACCUCUUACCCCAGCACCCCCAGUAAUUCCGCCACCAGUAACUCCGGGUCCGCCAGUAACACCAGCACCCCCAAUACAACCACCAUCACCCACGCCUCCACCGCCAAUACAACCAACAUCACCCACACCAGCACCUCCUAUACAACCAACAUCACCUACCCCUGCACCUCCAGUACAACCACCAUCACCUACCCCUGCACCUCCAGUACAACCAGGAGAAUGUAAGUAAGGAAACUAGUGAAGACAGUAAAGUUUUUGUGGAAUUAUUAAUUAUAGUAUAUGAAUGAAUACAAUAGCUGACCAAAUAAAUAUUAUACCACACAUAUUUUAUAAAAUAACGUUGUAUGCAAUCUAUAUCUCCAUUAAUUAUGAUGCAAUACAACAUCUUCAGAGCUUUGAAGUGAAUUUUACAUGGCAUGUUACAUAUAUUUACAAUAAAUAGUUUUAGAUUACGAAAACGGAAAUUUUAAAAUUUUAAAUGUUAUAACAGUUUUCGUAAUUCUUCUGGAUUGGCUUCAUACUCAGUGUAGGAUGUUUUCCUGUAAAGCAAAACAAACAAACAAACUACUUCUAUAUUGAAUUUAUUUCUACAAUUGUUUUAAUAUUUUUCUAGUAUCAUGUCCAAUAGUUGUUGAGAAGAAAGGAUGUUUUAAAGACGAUCAAAAGCCUCCACGUCCUCUUCCCAAUUACAUUUUAACAGAUCGUGAUAGCAGUUUAAAGAUCUAUAGUGGCCAGGGGGUUGAUUGGGGAAACUGGGUUAACUAUCUACCUGAUUUGGUGUGUCGCUGUGCUCAGCUUGCUAAAUCUAAAAAUUUCAAAUUCUUUGGAAUACAAUAUUAUGGUAUGUGCUAGAUUUUCAAAACUAAAACUAUUUUUUUCCGUCCUUGAUUUCGUGCGAUUUUCUUGAAACUGGAAUCUUGAGAUCUUCUCAUUAAUCUUUAUUUAAGGUAUCUCUUUUUUCCAUGAUUUACCUCUUAAUCGCCUCUUGUUCUAGCAUUGAUGUUUACAGUAAUUUAUUAAUUUUUAAACUACUUUUCUGUUCUAUACCAAAACGUGUGUUUCUAUUAAUACUGAAGCACUCAAAUUUCAAUUAUAAUAUUAUAAUUAGUAUUAAUUAGUAUUAGUAUAAUUACAUAGGUGAUUAUUGAAAAUUCUCCACGCUGAUUGGUUGCCGUUGAGGUGAUUAUUACGCGAUAAUCACCUAAGCGAUUUUCAAUUUUUCAAUUUUUUUUCCCAAAUAAUCACCUAUGAAAUUAUACUAAAACAAUUAUUCACCUCAGGCUCGGUGAUUAUCAUGAAUAAAAACCUCGACUUCGUCUUGGUUUUUAUUCACCGAUAAUCACCUCGCCUUCGGCGAAUAAUUGUUAAGUAAUUAAUAUUAUAUUAUAAUUAGUCUGAACUGCAUUCAUUUUGUUUUCCUAUUUUUAUUUUACUGCCGUUUCAAUAUAUAUUGUGUAUUCAAACAGUACCUUCAAAGAAAUGUAAUUUAUAUAUAACCUUGACAUUUGUUUCAUAUAAAAGGUAGCGGCAUGUUACUUAUUUUAUGUUCUCGCCUGGUUAUUCUAUAUCCUUCUUUAUACAUAUGUAAACCUCAAAACUCUCUCAGAAUAUUUUCUGCAAGUCACGAGAAAUAUCAACUGUUCUACUUUACCAGGAGAAUGCUGGUCUGGUCCCUCACCAGAUGAAAGUUCGUUCAAAGAAGACGGAAGCUCAACGGAAUGUGUCAACACGGACUGGAAAGAAUGCUCGGAUCAAUCCAAAUUUGCUUGUGCUGGAAAACAGUUCAAUAAUUACGUUUACGCUAUUGUUUCAUAGAAUAUUUGUAAACAGUAGCCUGCAGGGUCUUGAUUUGAGGGGUUGGGGGGAAACAAACAUAAAUUCUGAACACAAGCGCGCCAACAGCGAGAUAGCCCCAGGCAAGUCCAGAGGCAUGCUCUCCCGCAGUCCCCUCCCACUUUUUGUCCGGCAUUUCGCAAGAAUAGUUCUGGAGGAAACUUGCGGGGGGGGGGG